AUGCUCAAUCCGAGGACCUCUUCACACGCUCAGGAUGACCACAAGAAGAAGAGCAAUGACUUUCUUCCACCUCUUCCGAGGUCCCAAUCAAUUCAUCUUGAGGCCACAAGAAACAACAACAACAACAUUAAAAACACAUCUGGAAGCAAUACAGGAAAAUCAACCGUGCGUCUGAAAAGGCCUCAACGACCACCAAUGAUGAUGACGAUGGGAACGUCAAGUAGUAAUGACAUCAGCACGAAUGCAAGUUCUCUCGUAAAGAGUAUCCCGAGCUCGUCCUCUAUUGUAGAUAAUUUACUGAGUAAAUUAAAUGAUGAACAAAAGAGAGCGGUUAGUUCUCGGAAUGAUCAAGUGAUUGUCAUGGCAGGUCCAGGAACAGGAAAAACAUCCGUCAUUACCUAUAGAAUUUUUUAUUUGGUGCAUGAAAUGAAAGUAAACCCAAGCAAAAUUUGUGCUCUUACUUUUUCCAAGGCAGCAGCGAAUGAAAUGAAAGAGAGAGCGAGUCGAUUGGAUGAACGAUUAAAUCAAGUAACAUUUAGCACGUUUCACUCGAAAGGUCUUGCUUUAUUACGUAAAUAUAAACUUGUGAAAUCAUCUUACAAGAUUGCAGAUGAUAGAACUAUCCUGUCUAUAAUGUCUGACAUCAUUGCAAAACAUGAAAUUACUGAAGAAUGCACACCGAGUCAAAUGAAAGAUUGCGUGGCUCUUGUGAAAAACUCUGGAAUUUCACCAAAUGAAGUAACCUCCAAGUUGAAACCAUCAGAUUUGAAUAUAUCAUUACGAUAUUUUGCUCCAUUCUAUCAAGAAUUCGAGGAAAUUUUAGAAAAGAAGAAUAUUCUAACUCACGAAGAUUUAAUUUUUAAAAUUGUAAAAAUAUUGAAGGAAAAACCUUCUCUCCUCAGUCAAGUCUCAAACGACAUUGAAUAUUUACUUCUCGAUGAAUAUCAAGAUACAAACGACUUGCAAUAUGAAUUUACCAAGUUGCUGGUGAAUAAGCACAAGAGAAUAUUUUGUGUGGGAGAUUCAAAACAAGCAAUUUUUGGUUGGAGAUUUUCAAAUGUACAUAACUUUGUAAAUAUUGCUUACGACUUUCCCAAUGCCGAUAUUAUCAUUCUCAAACAAAAUUAUAGAAGUACAUCAAAUAUUCUAAAUGCUAGUUUUGACAUGUUACUCGAAAACUACUCCAAAGAUACCUCUAACAACUCUACCAAACCCAACAUUGAAUCGAUUAUACUGGAUGAUUCCAAGUCAAGACUUAUUUCUCAGAAAGGAAAUGGACCAACAGUCACCAUCAAAGAAUUUGUGACUCACAUGGAGCAAAUUAACUUUGUAGUAGAAACAAUCAAACAAGAAAUAAGUAACAACAGUAAUAGGAAAUACGGCGAUUUUGCAAUACUAUCUAGACUAAAUAGCCUUCUUAAGCCCUAUGAAAUUGAGCUAGGAAAGCACAGUAUACCAUUCGAGUCCAAACAGAGUGAGAGCUUUUUAAAAUCUGCAUGGAUUCAAGUUUUAAUUUCAUAUCUGGAUACGGUCGAUAGCAUUUCAAGAGGUAGUCUAAAUAGCAGAUCACUAGAUCACAUCACAAAUAUUCCUGAUCGAGGAAUUUUUACAGAGACAAAAUCAGCACUAAUAGACUGUCUCUCUAAUGGUAUCUCUAUUUCUGAGCUUAUUGACAUUAUUGAGAAAAGAGUCAAGUACAAAAUCACCUUAACACUAAGACGUCAAAUUCCCUUCUUAAUCGCAAUGGAUAACGAAGAAAAGAAAUCAGUCAUUACUUUCUUGAAUCAUCUAAACCGAAUGAAUGAAAUGACAAACUCUGUCUCCUCUCUGAUCCAAUACAUCCUAAAUAGAGUUGGUGUGGAAAGUUACUUGAAACAAAAAUACACAUCCAAUUAUGAAAUGUGUGAAAAAGAUAUUGAGGAAUUAUUGAGAAUUGCAGAGAACAGUGAAACUCUCUCGAAAUUCCUCCAAGAAAUCAAUGAAGAUGAGGCCUCUAAAAGUGGUAGUGGUGCUAGAAAUGGUGUCUCCCUUCUCACCAUGCACUCUUCUAAAGGUUUAGAAUUCGAGUACGUAUUUGUGACAGACCUUGUGGAUGACAUUUGCCCUCAUUUUCGAUCGAAGGGAAGUUCUAGAGAGGAACAAGAAGAAAAGAGAUUACUCUUUGUGGCCAUGACAAGAGCCAAGUGGAAAAUGUACCUAUUGACCACCAAGACCAAACUCGCACAGGAAGAUCGAAUUGAAAUGGCCGAGAGCACACCAUGGCUGAGAAAUCUCACUAAAAAGCCAUACAUUGACUUUGAACCAAUUUCAAGAGCAGUUACCAAUCAAAUGGAACAGGCAGAAGAUUUGUCUCUCUUCAUGAAGAAUUAUAUGGAGAGUCAAAAGUUAUUAUUGGAACAAGACAAUAAUACGACCAAUACAGGAAGUGAAGUGGUGAACAAUCGUCAUGACACUUUAUCUUCAAAACAAUCAGAAAAAAAGAAAGGACAAGAGAGGGAUUUAUCUGUUGAGAAAUUGUUUACUUCUGCCAGUAGUGAAGUAAAUAAUACUGCUUCAUCCUCAAGUACAGCACCCUCUAAGGGCCACAACAUGGGUUCAAUUUUUAUGAACGCCUCACAAUACAUCUUGAAAAGUGGCAUGCCAACUCUUCAUUCAGAAAGGAUAGGAGGAAGUGAUUUUGAAGAAAACACUUCACAUCCUCUUUCCAAUACAUCACAAUUGCCUUCACACAACUCUUCUUCAAUAGAGAAACAAAAGAAAGAAGAAGAAUUUGAAUUCAAGUUUGUAGAUGAAGAAGAAGAACAUUCAGAAAUUUCAAGUUUUAGUUUUUCGCCCAAGAUACCUGUGGCAAAGAGAACAACAAUGAUGAAAGACACCGAAAUUAUUGAUUUGGAUGAACUUUGGUUUGAAGAUGAAGAAGAAAAAACAAUUGAAAUCGAUGAAAAUCUUUUAACUUCUACCACCUCUCCUAAAAUUGACCCGAGCCAAUCCAAAAAGCGCAAACUUUGA